AUGACAACUACUAUUGCGAGUCUCUUGGAGCGAAACAAAGCUGUCAAUCAUACACCUCUCCCUUACAUCGCAGAGAGAAAGGGACAUGGUAGAGCUCCACCUCGCACUAUGAUCGAGGUUGUUGUCCACAGGAUUGCUGGAGGAAACAUCCGCCAUGUCCUCCGAGAUAUCCUAAUUCUGGAUGCACUAGUCAAGCUUAAUGAGAUAGCCAUUGUCCACCAUACCGACUGCGGCACUCUGCGCUUCACGGACGAGCAGGUGCGAGCUGCCUUGAAGAAACAAACCAAUGAGACACACUGGGCCAAGAUUGAGGAGAUGGAAUUUGGCGCGGUUUCGGGGUAA